GUCCGUGCGGCGAAACGUCAGGCAGCUGCAGUGGGGGAAUUUUUGCAAACCUAACGUGAAGCUUCCGCAGGACAUGCUGCCGCUACGUUGCCUCACUACUUCUUCAUCUCAAUCCUCGCACCAUCAGAAAAGCAUUGCAGCCUUCUGAACGCCCGGUUGAACACAUUGACCCUGCUUUCUACAACCCCGCGCCAGCAAACAUCAACUUCUCCCCUUCAUCGGUGCCAAACGUUUCAACUCCGCCCUCUUUUCCAUUCGUUUCGGGUUGUUUCUACGCGCCCUCAAAACGACUUCACUGCCUCUAUUGGUCCUGAAAACCCGCGAACGAUAAUCAAACCACUCAACACCUCAUACCCAGUUCACCAAAAUGUCGACCGCGCUCAAAGACACCACCGACAUGAAAGAAAUGGAGGCGUUACACGGCAAUCUCAUCACCCCGGAAGUGACCUGGGCCCAACGCAGCUCCGCAACGGACAGGGAAAAGAACCAUGUCUUCCUCACCAUCUCCGUGCCCGACGUCUCAAAGGACAAGAUCAAGCUCGACAUCCAACCCACGCACCUCAACUUCCAGGGCUACUCUGAGUCCAAAAAGGGCACGUAUGCCGUGAAGCUCGAGUUCUACGCCGAAAUCGACCCCGCUGCGACCAAGAAUCGACACACCCCACGAGACAUUGAGCUGGUGCUGCAGAAGAAAGAGCUAGACGAGCAUUUCUGGCCUCGACUGCUGAAGGACAAGAACAAGGUGCAUUUCUUGAAGACGGACUUUGACAAGUGGGUCGACGAGGAUGAACAGGACGCGGUCGCCGAUGAUGACGACUACAUGUCGCGCAUGGGCGGCAUGGGCAUGGGCGGCGAUGGGGGCUUUGGUGGCAUCGACUUCAGCAAACUCGGCGGCGCAGGCAUGGGCGGCAUGGGUGGUAUGGGAGGUGAUGAGGAGGACGAGGGCGAAGAUGACGAGGACAUGCCGGAUCUCGAGGACGAUGAUGCAAAGGCCGGCGGUGCGCCCCCAAAGAUCGAGGAGGUGGAGUAAGUUGCCUCGGAGGCAGCACUCCCAUUCCCACCUCGAGCUCAAGUGUCCUCAAUCUGGAUGCUCUGCUGCGACGUGCUCACUCGCCCUCCACUGCUGCACAAUUACUGCAUAGCUAGCGGGCUCGGCUCAAGCAGAGACGGUCAGAUGGCCCAAGGGUCCUCGGUAUACAAUAAAAGCAGAAGAUCUUGCGACGU